GCAACACGUGCGGUGAUGCUGCUGAGCUGGAUCCGCAGUGACAACAUGGAGGCAGAGCUCGUGGACAGCUUUAAUAACAUGUCUAAAGCGGAGAUCCUGAGAGGAAUCGUCACCGAGAAACUGACAACAGCCGCGCAGGAAAUCUUAGCGGUUGUAGAGAGAACCGUAGCCGGUUACGAGGAGGAGGCUUCGGGCUUCAGGCAGGAGAUCCACCGGCAGAGGAGGCAGCUGGAGCUUCUCCUGCAGCCUCGGGACCUGCAGUCUCCUCAAACAGGAGACAGCAGGUCGGCGUUAGACUGUGACUUCCCACCCACCAGUCAAACCAAAAGACUGCAGCCUCUGAAGGUAAAGACGCUGACACCAGAGGAGAUCUACAGGAGCAUCAGGUCCACUGGGCAUUCAGCCCUCUACCACCGCCCGCAGAGAAACAAUGCUGCUGCUGAUUCUCCAUCCACUCCUGAUCAAACCAGAGUUCAGUCUGACAGGAGGAAGCCUGGCAGACCUUGGAUCAGUAAACCACAGGACCAUGUAGACCUCAGGAUCCGCAUCCUGGAGGACUCUCAUGUUGAAGUGCUCUUAGCCAGCGAGUCUGCAGAGGAGCUGAGGAGUCAUCUUCAAAGUCACCAGAAAACACACAGCUGUAAGAUCUGUGGAAAGUCUUUCCUCUCCAUCACUGGCCUCAACGGACACGUCGCUCGACACAAAGGAAAGAAACCGUACGAGUGUAAGAUUUGCCACAAAGCGUUCGCUCAGAGGUCGGUGCUAAGGAAUCACAAGUGGGUCCAUGAGGUGGAUAAGCCACACAAAUGUGAUUUGUGCCAAAAAUCAUGUGUUUCAAAGUUUGAUCUGACACGUCACAGGUUGACCCACACAGGUGAGAAGCUGCACCGCUGCAACAUGUGCGGUAAAUCCCUCCGCAGCCUUGAAACUUUAUCCCAACACAUGUUGAGUCACUCGGACAGAGGCCGCACGUUUGCAGCAAAUGCAACAAAGGAUUUUUAUGCAACUCAAACCUGGUGACUCACAUGAGGGUCCACACUGGGGAGAAACCUUACAAGUGCUCUGUCUGCGACAUGGCCUUCAGUCAGAGCCACUGUGUGAAAAGACACAUGAAGUCCCACCACAUUGGAUCAGACUGCCGCAAGACUGAAGCUCAGAUUCUGUCUAAAAGAAUUAACGGCACUAAAAGUGUCAAACGUGUCCGGUGAUUUCAGAUGAUGUGUUUGCACAAACUGUUUUGUUGUUAAAUAUUUUGAAAAUGUACUGCAGUCCAGGAUAAGGAUGGCUAUAAUCUACAUUUUGGUUAAUGUCAAGAAAUCCCCUAAAAAGACUCAAACCAACACCAUGUUAGUCCUCCUCGCAAUACUGUCUGACUUCCUGUCUGUGGCUCUCAGCUCCGAGCCCAUUGGUUCCUGCUGAAGAUGUAAAUCUUUAAAAACAUCUCACAGAUAGUUUCAGUCCCAAGAAAUGAUAAAAGCUGUUUAUGGUAAUUAAUUGAAAUUUAAUAAAGUUAAAGAAGUAUGUAGUCGGGAUGUUUUAGCCAUAGACUACACCUUACUUGUGGGAUAUUUUGCCCUUCGUGGAUUCUCCUCAGGUCAGAGUGAUUAAUAUUACAUAUUAAUAAAACAAAAUCUGUUAAAGGUAUAUACAUUUCUGGUGGACAUCUCCACAUCUUAUCUACAGAAAUACAUGUCAAGCCCACAAAAAUGUUUUUAUAUUAUGUUUAUGGGAGGAAAAUGUGUAAUAAUGUAUCUAAAAUAGUGUUAACAUGUAUUACAUGACAUGAAGGUUUUUUAAAUGACGUUUUUAGGGUUUUUUUAAAGCAAAAAUUGUUUAUUUUUUUUACACUUGAUGGAGAUCAUUUUUACUGAAAAUGGGGAGUUGUUAGAUAUUGUUUUUCCUUUUAUUAAUGACAUUGUUUUAUUGAAUCCAGGACUUUUACCAGCACCCAGUCAAUGUUUUAAAACACAUGAAUAAACCGUAUGUAGAAAUUCUGCUGGAA